UUCAGUUGUGCAUGCUGUGUUAGUCAGCACAUUUGAAGACUUUCUUGCUCAUAAUAACUCAUAAUAAUCUUUAAUGUACUACAUUUGAAACAAAAAUCUAGAAGUGCACUUUCAAUGAUUUUACAGAAUCAACAAGUUUCUGCACCAAUUGAAAAUAUGCAUUCGCACAACCAUUCCUAAUGUUAUUAUCAUUUUACUAAAAUCAAAAACAAACCGUGCAAUAGCUUGGUCAGUGGAACAAGCUCAAUGUCCUGCGAACACAGAAGACAGCGAAGCAGCAGCUUCACACGUUUCUGUCUAAUCCCAGGUUAACUGUUGUGGCUGUGAAUGCAGAGGGGGAAGGGCCUGCCGCGGAAAUGAAUGUCACAACCCCAGCAUUGGAACCACAAGCUGAAGGGCAAUGGCUGUUUCUGUCACGAAUGGAUUCUUUGAGGAGUACGGUUGUAGAAGAUUUGGUAUCGGCAGCAGAUUGCCUUCCAGCUAACUUUGUACAGAACAAUAUAACUGGAAUAGCUGUGAAUUACUACUUCAAGCAAAUUUAUUUCACUGAGGGCAAUCGUAUUUGGGUCAAGGGAGCUAUCAAGUUGUCUAACGCUGUUGAUCUUGAAACGGUGUAUGUUGGUUCUGAACCGAUCACAGCAAUAUCAGUGGAUUGGAUGUACCAGAAGCUAUACUUUGUCAUGGAUCGAAAGAUGUUCCUCUGUACUUUAAAAAACUGUAGCAGCCCAGAAGAAAUCACUCCUUAUCAUAGAGGUUCUCCAAAAAGAAUUAUUGCAGAUCCUUAUAAUGGGUAUAUCUUUUUGCUUAUGGAUGAAGGGAUUUACAAAAUGAACCUCCCAGAGUUGUCUGCACUAAGUAAGAAUAUCACCCUCGUUGUGAGAAGUGACUCCAUGCAAGACUUUGUUGUAAGCUACAAGUCAAAGAGAUUGAUAUAUUUUAAUGACACUGACAGAUCCAUCUCAUCUGUCUUUCUGGACGGGUCCUCGUUUUACACCAUCCGACCUCCAGUGGGCAGUAUAAACACAGUUGUAAGUCUUGCGUAUGAAGCUGACCACUUCAUGAUCACAAAUGCAGAGGAAGUGUUUCACGAAACGCAGUACAGUGGUCAUUUUUUUUACAAUACAUACAUGGUGGGCUGCGAUGAAACUCAAAUAGAAAAAUUUGGCUUUGAUAACCUACUGUUUUUUAGUGAAUCCAGUCAGCCAUAUCCAGUUCCCUUGCCCCCUAAACAACUUCAGUCAUUGUUUGGAUCUGACAUUGCUGCCCUGAACUGGGAAAAACCUGAACCUAGAAUAAAAGCAA